GUUGGUUUAGUAGCCACAUUUAACUAGUGUUCGAUUUGAUAACGUUAUCCGCUCAUAAGGUUAUCUUUAUAUUUGUUGGUUACCGCCGAUUGUGAAAAGAGUUGAUUACUCAUUAGUGAUAUUACUAUUAGUCUGUUUAUAUCAAUAGAAAAUAAUUUUUGUUCUAAUGCAAAAACUCUAAAUAUGCCUAAUAUAAUCAAUGAAAUUAAAUUGGAUUUCAAAGACGUCCUCUUGAGACCUAAGAGAUCAACAAUAAGAAGUAGGAACGAUGUUAACUUGUAUAAAAAAAUUACCUUUCGUAACUCAAAAAAAAUUUAUCAUGGAGUUCCUGUUAUGGCCUCAAACAUGGAUACUGUUGGAACUUUCAAUAUGGCACGCGCUUUAUCAAAAAAUGGAUUAUUUACUUGUAUACACAAAUACUAUAGCGUAGAUGAGUGGAAACAGUUUGCCAAAGAAAAUCCGGAAUGUUUAAAAAAUGUGGCCGUCAGUGCUGGAAUGUCGGCAGAUGAUUUUAAAAGACUGUCUGAUAUAUUAGAAGUAGUUCCUGAUGUUUCCUUUAUUUGUUUAGAUGUUGCUAAUGGCUAUUCACAACAUUUUGUUGAAUUUGUGUCUACAGUGAGAACAACAUUCCCAUCGCACACUAUUAUUGCAGGUAAUGUGGUAACAGGUGAAAUGGUAGAAGAAUUGAUUUUAUCUGGAGCUGAUAUAAUUAAAGUUGGAAUUGGUCCGGGAUCAGUUUGUACAACGAGAAUGAAGACUGGCGUUGGAUAUCCCCAGCUCUCAGCUGUUAUCGAGUGUGCAGAUGCUGCUCAUGGUUUAGAGGGUCACAUUAUAUCUGAUGGUGGUUGUACUUGUCCUGGAGAUGUAGCUAAAGCUUUCGGAGCUGGUGCUGACUUUGUAAUGGCCGGAGGAAUGUUCGCUGGCCAUGACGAGUGUGAUGGUGAAGUUAUCGAAAAAGAUGGGAAGAAAUUCAAGCUGUUCUAUGGAAUGUCAUCCAGUACAGCAAUGGAAAAACACGCAGGUGGUGUUGCAGAAUACCGAGCGUCAGAAGGAAAAACCGUCCAAGUACCUUACAAAGGGGAAGUCAGAAAUACAGUGUUGGAUAUUUUAGGUGGUCUUCGAAGUGCCUGCACAUAUACAGGAUCUUUGAAAUUAAUAGAAUUACCUCGUAGAUCAACGUUUGUUCGAUGUACUCAACAACUUAAUAACAUUUACAUUUAACCAACCUUUUAGUACUAUACAAAUAAUAAAAUGGAUGUUUUAUCCAUAGUUUAUUCACAUUUUGACCAAAAACUAACAUAUUUAAGAAUCACUUUCUGAAAUUUAGGGUGGAUUAUUAAAAUACUAAUUUAUCCAUAUUAUAAGACAUCCAAUAAUCAUAGUCUUUACUUUUUCGUUCACUGUCUACUUUGCGUUGUAUUCUUUCUCCCAUCUUUUGGAGUUUAUUACAGCAGUAAAAGAACGUAGAUUUUUGAUUUUGAAUAUGUGUUGAACUUCUAUGUAUUCCACCAAACCUCGACUCAUCAUACAUCAAAAUAUUCCCUUUGCAUCGCUCUAUCGAUUGGUUUGAACCGCGUUAAAAUCCGUUACAUGGUUUCGAAUUAUUUACGGACAUACAAAACAAGAGAAGCAAGUAGAUAUUUGAAUUUGAAUAUGUAUUGUUUGUCGGUUUAUAAUUUAUACUAAUUAUUUUUGUUAUUUUUUUUACUAUUUCUUAAGACAAUUGGUGUAAUCAGCAAUAAAAAGCUUUUGGAA